CGCAACUGAGGUUCGCUUGCCAGGCAGCGGCGACGGGGGGAAGCGGGCGAGGGACAGACAGCUGGAGAGUCUGUCGUCGAGGAAGCAAGCGCAGGAGACGAAAGAGGAAGAAGGUGAAGGACAAGGGUCGGGAGGAAGAAGAGAGGGGGAGAGAGGAGGGAGGGAGGGAGGGAGGGAGGGAGGGGGUGAACCUGAGUUUCGGAAGAGCGGACGAGGCAGAAGAAAACCUAAUCGCAGAAGAAGAGAGGAAAGGAAAGGAAAGACGGGACCGAACUUUUGUGUGAGGGAGGUGUUUCUUUUCCGCUGCGGCCAUUCAUCAGGCGAGCGACUGGAGCGUGUACGCGCAGUGUGAGCUGAGCUUGAGCUGUGACGCCAUGGCGAGUUCGGCCAUGGCUGCCGUCGAAGUGACUGUUGCCGCCGAUCAGAUGUGGCUAGAGAAAGCGAUGGAAACUGAGAACGUGAACGAAGAGGAGGCUGCGCAGAUGUACCAUGCGAUCAUCAAAGAUCCAUCGAAGUCAACAGAGGCGUUGAGGGUGAAGGAGACGGCCGUUAGUAAUUUGGGGGCAUUGUUAGCGAAGCAAGGCAAGGCGCAGGAGCUCCGGACGCUGCUGACUGAUCUGCGGCCCUUCUUUGUUCUCAUUCCCAAAGCAAAGACGGCAAAGAUAGUGAGGACGAUCAUCGAUCUCGUCGCCAAGGUACCGAAUACGACCGCUCUGCAGUUAGACCUGUGCAAAGAGAUGGUUGAGUGGACACGGCAAGAGAAGAGGACGUUUUUGAGGCAGAGGGUGGAAGCGCGCUUGGCGGCGCUCUACAUGGAAACUGCCGAGUUCACGACGGCAUUGACGCUGCUUGGAAAUCUCAUCAGGGAAGUGCGGCGGCUAGACGACAAACUUCUCCUCGUGGAUAUCAAUCUGUUAGAGAGCAAGCUGCACCACAGUCUGAGGAACGUUCCCAAGGCCAAGGCUGCCUUAACAGCAGCGCGAACGGCGGCGAAUGCGAUCUAUGUCCCGCCUGCCCUUCAGGGGCAGAUAGACAUGCAAUCAGGCAUUCUCCAUGCUGAAGAGAAGGAUUACAAGACCGCUUAUUCCUACUUCUUUGAGGCUUUCGAGGCAUUCGAUGCGCUCAACGAUCCGACGGCGGUGGCUUGCCUGAAGUACAUGCUCCUCUGCAAGGUAAUGAUCAACCAAGCGGAAGAUGUGAAUGCAGUGAUCUCCACGAAAGCGGGGUUGAAGUACACUGGGGUGGAGGUGGACGCGAUGCGCGCCGUCGCGUCUGCGCACAGCAAGAGGUCUCUUCACGAUUUCGAAGAGGCGCUCAAGAACUUCAAGGAGCAGCUAUCUGAUGACCCUAUCAUUCAUCGCCACUUGGCAGCAUUGUACGGAACUCUGCUUGAGCAGAAUCUUUGUCGGCUGAUUGAACCCUACUCCAAGGUCGAGAUAUCGCACAUCGCGUCUAUGAUAGGCUUGCCUGUGGAGACGGUGGAGUCCAAGUUGUCCCAGAUGAUACUGGACCACAAGUUUGCUGGAACCCUCGACCAAGGUGCGGGAUGCCUGAUCGUCUUCGACGAUCCUCCCACCGAUGGGAUCUAUCCUUCCGCCCUCGACACGCUGGCCAACAUGAGCAAAGUCGUUGAUAGCCUCUUUGCAAAGUCGGCGAAGAUCAUGGCUUGAUUGGACAAAGUCGGCGGAGAUCAUGGCAUGGCUUGAUUGGACUAAUUACUGUAAUGCAUACAUACAUACAGCCUAGUAAUCAGUCAACAAGUGAUGUGAAAAAGCCGUACAAGGCUGAUGUUGCGGAUGCGUUUCUCUGCUUUCGCCGAGCCCUACCUCGCGCGUCCCCCUCCCUCUCCGCGUUGUGCUCCGCCGCUCCUGCGCAUCGUAUUCAGCUCCGACGCGACGUCCGCUUUUCAUGCAGAAUGAAAGAAAUGAAAGGAAUGUAGACUUCUUCUCGUCAUUUGCUUGGAUGGAAACGGAUUCUUCUCGAUUGGGAUCGGGCUCGUGUGGCGCGGUCGUCUGCAGUGAUGAUAAGUCGACCCAGAGGUUGUUGUUUGGGACGAUGAUUUGGAUCUCGAAAGGUCUCCUGUGAGCGGUCGAACGGGUUGAAGAUGGAUGGACGGGGACGGCUAUUGCCAUGGCCUGUCAGAGGUGGAAGCAUAAGUAUUCUGGGAAGAUGGGCGGCUGUACUUCGGCGCUUCGGCGCCGGUGUGAAGAUGUGGAUGGAUGCUUUUUGCCAUGGGCUGUAAGAGGUGGAAGGCGUUUGCCAUAGCCUGACGGAGGUGGAAGAAGAAGGAUGAUGGGGAGAUGGGAGGCUGUUGUGUUGGCGCUGAUGUCAUGGAAAGACAAGAGUGAUAAAAUGCUGCACCACGGCGUCGAUGACGACACGAUCAGUGUCGUUUUCCUUUUUUCCAGGGAGCAUCUCCUUCUUCUUCUUGCUCUGUUAUCUAUCACUCAAUUUGAAUCUCUCUCCCUGUCUAUGUGUAGUGGAAUUGAAAUUGUCCCCCGGUCUCGUGCCAUAUUGAGGCUCUGAGGAAUUGGUGGUUGGCUUGUUUGCCAGAUGGAUAGGGUUCUCUUACUCCCAAUGAGUGGCCGAGUCGAGUUGAGGUAUAGGGUUUUGAUCGGCGUGGCCUGGUGAAUGAUGAUGGCAACGAUUCCGAUGAAGAUGGGGGGCUACGAGUCGUCGGGAAGGGGGAAGGGCCGUGGAGCGCGGGUUGAGGGCAGGAUAAGGAGAAGAGGGGGGGAGACGCGGCGCGGUGAAUAGGAGGGGUCAAUUUUUUUUGUAGAGCCGAUUGAGAGAGGGGGGGGUCGUUUGGAACAGGGGAAAGGGUAAUUACGACACGCUAGUAGGUCGAAUCCGAGUUGAGGGAGGCGAGGGAAGGGGAAAGGGAGGGGGCAGGAUCGAGGAGUAAACUGCUCUGUUCUUUUCUGUAGGUCGUCAACGAUAAUUCAACUCGACGGACGAGAAAUGAAUAAUGACAAUUAUAGGGCGUUUGUACAGAUACAGAGUCGCGCUCUUUUUUGAAGCUAGUAGAUUGUGUUUUAUCUCGUCGUCGAGCCUUUGCUCUUUUGUUCGACUCUGUUGUAAAAGGUGUCUAUGUAUUGCAUUCAUUUUCUUUGUCUAACGUCGGAAAAUCCAAAAUGAAGAGAUUAUGGUCGG